CGAGAGUUAAUUAUUUACUUGUUGUUUCUUAUAUUUGUUUGCCUAAGUAAGUUAAAGAUGCUCAAAGAAUUAAAUCAAUUCACUACUGAUGACGUUGAUGCGACGUCACGAUCACCCACUUUCAUUUCCCAAGGAUGUCACAUUGUCGUCAUAACAAAGAGGCAAAGAACUUUUCUGAAAUACCAAGGACGUCACGUCGACGUCAUGUUUCAUUGUUAUAUAUUUCUUUAUUUGUUAAUCCAUAGAGAAGUUAAAAAGUGAAUCCGAUGGAGGGUGAAAAAAUACCGAAAAUUUCUUCUUCUUUUUAAAAAAUUUUUUAUAUAUAUAUAUAUAUAUAUAUAUAUAUAUAUAUAUAUAUAUAUAUAUAUAUAUAUAAUUCGCCAGCAAAGGUUAAACAAGACGGGUCAAACANAAAAAAAAAAAAAAAAAAGUUUUUUUUGCCAAGUCAGCAAAUAUCGAUGUCGCGCGAGCGCAGGCCCCCCACUCUUCCCCCUUUUCCCCUAAAAAACCCCAGCGGUAAUGAAGGGAUUAAUUCAGUUUUUUAAGUUUUGUAAAGCCUGGAAAAGACUUAUAAAGAAGAAUAAUAACAAACCAGUUAACUCUUUGCCUUUAUAAAAGGUGCAUUUGGGAGAAAAGUCAAAAGUUAUUGAUGAUGUGGUUAUAAUCAGCCAUAUUUGAAGUAUAAAUAUGUUUUUAAUUAAAAAAAUUAUGGUACUGAUAUUGACAGCGAGUCCUCUAACAUUUUGUUCCACCAUAAUAUCUUAACUAAUAAGUUACUGUUUUAACCUUUUAACAGUUGCUUUUGGUAUGGCCUCCACCAACAUGUACUAUUACACUAAAGUCAUGAUGGAUCUGUUUCUUGAAGUAAAAACAAGUGAUGGCAUCUCAUUUAAGACAAUUACCAGUGUUGAAGACUUUUGGAAGGUAAGUUUAAUAAGGGUAUGACUACUCAAUUGUAUUUCACUUGUUUAGAAUGUAUUUUAACUCAAAAGCUUUAACUCCAAAUUUAAAACUGUUUAUCAUUAAUUGAAUAUAGAACUAAUCAAUGAAAAGUUUGUGUAAAUCUAUAAAGUAAAUAAAAAUAGUUUGAUAUUGAAUAGAAAAUGUAAUUGAGAUUUUCAGAGUGUGUGAAUAGAGAGUUAAAAUAUGUACUAAGCUAAUAUAAUCUUUAUAAAAAAUACUUCCACAAUAAAUUUAAACUAUAUUAAAUGACUAAUGGAAGUGUAUUCUGGCAGAAACUUGGGUCCAUUAUGAUUUUAAAUGUUGAUUAAGAAAAUAUGUGCUAUUUUAAAUAAUAUUACUGAAGCUUUCUAUUUAUAUAUUUAAAAAGAAACAUUACCAAGGGUCCUGAAAAUAAAAGUGAUAGUUUAAACAUUGUGUUGAUGUAAUUUCUUGAAAAAAAUGUAAAUAGAAAUCUGUUUCAGAAUUCCCUUAAAAGUAUUUUAUCCUGAUGACUUCUUGCUUAAGAGAGCAUUGUUAUUUUGCAUUCUCAGAGCAUUUAGAUCUUCUGCAAGAAAUUUCAAAUUAUGCUUGCAUUAAAAGUAAUAUUUUAAAAGUAAUUAAAUAUAACUUUAGUGCAAAUGUUAAAUAAAAAGGGAACACAUCUUUUAACCUGAUAUAUCAGUUUGCCAAAGGCCCUCUGUUGAACAGUCUGUACUGGGAAAAGUGGUACAACGGAGAUCCUCUACCUCAAAGCACGUUUGGCUACAUUUAUUAUGAGAAC